AUGACUGCAGGGACUAAUCGAAAGUGUGAUUGCUUAAAGGGCGUAAAAAGGCCAAAAAGGCCCCAGUUGCUUAUUAUCGCACCUCAGUCAACAAGGGGAGGAGUGCAUUUGUGCUCCGCGCGGUGGACGUUACCCUUACCAAUGUCAUAUGCCCGAAUUAAUAUAUUUAACAGAAUUCAGGACAAGUAUGGGCAUGAUACCUUACGUUUGGUACGAAGAUAUGAAAAGCUUGGUAUUAAACUUGGUAAAAUUAAUUGCGAUUUACAGUUCUUACUUGCUUGUAAAAAGGAACAGUUAAUUACGACGUUUGCUCGACCAAAGCUGAGUAUAUACGCGACGAACAAAGUGAAAUUAAAAAUCGCCAAUAUCAUUUUCCAAACUGAGAUACAAAAUAAACACCGAGAAAGAAAUGGUUUAAAGAAAGAACUACGUAAAUCAAUCAGAACGUUAAGAAAAAGUUUGCCUUCCAUUAUAAUUUUUGAGUCGCUAAGAUUUCGGUUACGAAAUGUCAUCACAAAUAAAUCGAAGAAAUGGUCGUCAACUCAUGAAAGAAAACUGAUGAACUUAAGAUCUUGUGUACCUGCGAGAAACAAACAUGUUGUGAAAAGAUUUUCACCUAACGUUGUACAUAACUUUUCUUCGUACGUUUUGAGUCCUUGUGAAAAAGAAGCUUUAUCUUACAGCUUAGAUUAUGCAAUACCAUCAAAGCAUCAUACACGAAAAUUAGAAACUGAAUUUGAAAAUUUUUACCAACAAAUACUUCCACAUACCACCCGGCUCAUAGCUGACGGUUUACCAUUACAACCCAUCAUAUCUAAAAUCGGAUCUGCUACUUAUAACACUUCAAAGUACCUUGCGAAAUUGUUAAUACCACUGACAAAGUCAACAUAUACUACUGAAAGCUCUUUAGAUUUUAUAUCAUCAUUGAAAGGAGAGAAGGUACCUCAUAACUACAAACUGGUUGAUGGUGUAGCAAUGGGCUCGCCUCUAGGACCAGUCCUAGCAAAUAUCUUCAUGGUUGAGUUGGAGAAGGAAAUAGUCCCAAAAUUAGAAAAUUCAGUAAAAUUUUGGAAGCGAUAUGUAGAUGACACUAUAUGUUUUGUUAAGGAAAACCAGAUAAACAAUGUGCUGGUCACACUUAAUAGUUAUCAUUCGAAUAUCCAGUUCACAUAUGAAGUUGAAAAUGACAAUUACAUAGCCUUUCUUGAUGUUAAAGUGAAACGUAUGAAUGAUGGUUCAUUUAACACAUCCAUUUAUCGAAAAGACACGAACACUGACAUAUACAUGCACUGGAUUUCAUUUGCACCACGCGCAUGGAAAGUUGGAACAGUUAAAUCGUUGGUGUUGAGAGCGUUUAAUAUAUGCUCUUCAUCACAAGAUCUAAAAUACGAACUAAAUCAAUUAAAAAAUGUGUUUAUAAAUAUCAAUGAUUAUCCAGAAGCAGUUGUAUCCAAUGUAAUUAAUAACACAUGGCGAAAUUUCAACAUUCAAAAUGCCGACACUAUGUCUAAUGAAGACACCAAUGAACCUCCAAUAACACCUUUCAUGGUUCUACCAUACAAAGGAGAUCAUGGUAACUGCUUAGUAAAGCGUCUAAAUAAAACUUUCAAACAGUUUCUACCUGCCAAUGUCAAGCCACGCAUUGCUUAUCAAUGUCGAAAGUUAUCUUCGCUAUUUUCUGUGAAAGAUAGAAGCAAGGAUGAACACAAACAUGGUGUUGUGUACAAAUACACUUGUCCGGUGGAAUCGUGCGAUGCUACAUACAUUGGUGAAACAGGGAGAAGGCUAAAUGAAAGAAUGAUAGAUCACCAAAAGCGCGAUAAGAACUCUCCUAAAACAUUCAGUCACUGA